AUGAUGCAGCGUUUGGUCUCAAGUCUGUUGCCACGGACGCCAAUAGGCUCCGCUUGCUACGCCACUGCGGUGUCCGAUUACGGUGUUGCGCUCAAGAAGGCAGCAGAGCUUAUCACACCAGCUGAUGCGUCCAUUCAGCCAAAAGAAGCAGGCUACACGACCGGUGUUCCACUGAGCACUUUUUCGCGGAAUGCGCGUAUCUAUUGCCCUGCGCGAACUCCUUGCCAAUCGGGGCUUGGCAGGACUGUUGACAACGCCAGCACCACACCAGUUUGGAAGAUUGAAUUCGAAACACUGUCGAAGUGGACAAACCCUUUGAUGGGAUGGACGUCGACUGCGGACCCACUGGAGAACGUCGGGCGGGCGACGCUGGCGUUCCACACCAAGGAGGAAGCACAGCGUUUCUGUGAGAAGCACGGUUGGAGCUACACCGUGGACGUGCCCAACAUCCGCCGCACUGUGCGUCAAAAGCGCUACGCCGGCUACGGUGACAACUUCGGUAUCAAACGCAAUGGCGUCCCUGACCUGUCUACGCUUCGCUCGAACCGCUGAGGGCCGCUAGGCACGGCGACCGCGUUUGCAGCCUUCCGGGCCGGCAGCAUCCAUCGCGCUGACAGUGAGAGGAGCCGCGGAUGGAGCAGGGUGGUUGUGGAGGCGAAGAGCAGGGUUAUAACAAAUUUGUUUUUUAGGAGCGAAGGGGUGAACCCCCGAGGUCCUCAGCUUACUCCCGUGACGUCGUGUCCAGAGCGGCUUUAUGGCUUAUUGAAGGAAAAGAAUAGUGGUUUGCUCAAGCAGGCUAAGGGUAUUCGGUGAAUUCACUUUGCUGUGAGCAUGGAACCUGUGACGUGGUGCGCGACACGUGUUAUGAUAGCCCGCGCGUGUUCAAAUAGGCGUGAGAGGCGGACACGUGGGUCGGCAAGUGAUUACGGUUGAGCUUGAGAGGUUUGCCUUGUGAGUUUUAAUAGCUGCGUUAUCUUGGGAUGUCUGCGUUAUCGUGAUAUGGGGAACGUGUGGGACAGGGCUGUUAAAGAUAAUGCAGGUCCGCGAGUGGACGCAUGGGCAGGCCAGAGAUUUCCAGGGGUGGGGU